AUGCAUUCAACCAAAUCCCUCAUGCGCAACGCCCUCUUUGCGGUGUUAGCAGCCACUCCUUUUACCACUGCUCAUACUUGGAUCGAACAGUUGAUGGUCAUUGCACCGAACGGCACUCUCGUCGGAGAACCUGGAUUCCCGCGUGGAAAUGUAUUGCGAGGCACUCCGGGAUUCGGUGAUCCUGCCAUGGUCAACCUCAUUCCUCCCGAUGGCCGUCCUAUCAACCAGAUUCAAUCAACAGAUCUGAUGUGCAAGUCCACUCAGACCUCCCAGACUCAGACAGACGGUAGUCCUAGGCUGCAGGCAGCUCCUGGAUCGGCGGUUGCUUUGAGAUUUCAAGAGAAUGGCCAUGUCACUCUUCCCGACAAUCAGCCCGGAAAGCCUUCAAACCGUGGUACUGUCUACGUCUAUGGCACCACCCAGCCAAGUCCAGACGACUCUUUCCUCGCCAUUCAUCGUGUCUGGAACGCCCAAGGUACCGGCGGUGAUGGCCGUGGUGUUCUCUUGUCCACUCAAAACUUCGAUGAUGGUCAAUGCUAUCAAGUCAAUGGUGGCCCGAUUUCUCAGCAGCGCCAGCAGCAGUUCAAGCACGCCUUCGACACUGUCAUGGGAAGUGAUCUUUGGUGCCAACAAGAUAUCCAACUUCCCUCGAAUGCUCCAUCCGGCAAACCUUACACUCUCUACUGGGUGUGGGACUGGCCCACAAUGCCCGGUACUUCUGGAUUCCCCAAUGGCAAGCAAGAAAUAUACACCACCUGCAUGGAUGUUGACAUUGUGGACGAUGCUGGCAUUGGUGCUGUCUCCAACGCUCAGGCUCAAUUCAUUCAAGGCCAGCCGGUCGACUAUGCUGCCAUCGCCACUGAAUUCUCCGACAUUGCCAACCCAACCGCGGUCACAGGUCAGUCCAUUCCAUUUUCCGGAGUAUCUGUCUCCGUCACUUCCAAGUCUGUGCCCACAAAAUCAACCCAGCCACUGACCUUUUCUACAGGCUCAACUAUCGCAUUCUCAGCUUCCGCCACCGGUCCUGUUUCUGGUGGAGCCAGCGAAGCUAGUGUCGUCGCUGCUAUCUCAACCGGCACUGGUGUUCCGGCAUUCUUGACCGUCCAUACCGGAUCCACGGCUGGCCCAGGUAUUGAGACUCAAUCCUUCUCCGUGAUACCAAUUGGCGUCUCAACGACCGAUGCACAACCAGCCCAACAGACCGACAAUUUUGGGCAGGGUCGUGGAGGCAACAACAAUGGUGAGUCGGGUCUUGAAAGUAGCUUGUCGUCUGUCCUCAGUUUGCUAAACAGUCUGGGUGACCAUCAAGGCCCCCAAGUCACUGCUGCGCCAAACGCUGAGGCAGCCGUCGCCACGUUCACCGAAUACGAAUCCAUCACGGAAACUGUCUAUCAAACCGUGUACAGCACUAGGUACACCAAGCGUGACGGUAAGCCGACCCCUCCAAUGUUUGCAUCUGCUCCGGGUGCUUUCCCCUCUCGUUCGGCUCUUCUCCGUUCGAUGCAGCCAACCUUUGCCCCGGGUGAACCGCAUUCCGUUUUCAGAGGCGGCGAUUGCAGCCAUACUUGCGGACGCGGCAAUGGAACCAGCCAUGGGAAACCUAGACCAGGCCUAGGCCAUGGACGAAAUGGUGAUGGUAAUCCAUGGUUCGAGUCGAUGCGCUCUGAAACCGUGCCUACGCCCACCACUGCUGGCUCUAUCACGAUGAUGCACUCAACGACUGACUCUUCUGGGAUGCCUGGCUCAAUUAUGACAAUGCCGGAUGGUUAUGUCAUGACAAUGCCCGCCGGCGCUCCAUUUCCUCCCCUGGACAUGACCGCCGAGUCACCGUCGAUCACAGUCUCUUCUGCAACUUCCAUUGAUUCGGAGUCCCCUUCACUGGCCUCAACCUCAACCCAGAUUUUCGGAACGAUUUCGCUGACUGUUGUUCCCAUUCCAGACUCUGCACCUGAACCUACCGUGGCGCCGGUCAUUGCCGCCCGUGCAGCUGAUCCCAACCCAGCCGACGAGAAUUGCUCGACAGCGCAUCCCAUCUUCCGCUUACGCGCGCGCAACCCUUUCAUCUGGCUCGGCUGGACCACGAGCUUGAGUGAGCCGAAAGCCACGGCGACUUUGUGA